AUGGAGGAAGCAGCAAGAGCAAACAAGAAGGGGGAGACUCUCAUCCCGACCCCGACAUGGUUCAUCGCACUACGAGUUCUUCAGAUCGUCUUCUCGAUCGUCGCUGUUGGCAUGACAGGUUGGUGGAUUCAUGGCCUAUAUUACGACGAGCUUGGCUUCGUUAUUGUCUGCGGUAUCUUCACCUGGAUCAUUGCCGUGUACGCCCUCUUAGCCGAAAGGGUCGUCUCCUGUCGACGGGCGUACAACACGUGGGCCGUCCUCUCGCUUGACGCGCUUAUGAUCAUCUUCUGGCUGGCGGCGAUGGCUGCUGUCGCAAAUCGACGCAGCAAGUUUACUGUAUCCGUCACCGCUAGCUGCUAUAGCGACGGUAGCACGAUCAACAGCGGACAUUGUACCGUAUACAAGCGCGCCGGCGUCGCUACACAAGCGGCUCUCGGUGUACUAAGCGGCAUAGCCGGCGUCAGCGCCCUCGUCAUGCUUCUCUUCGUUGUCACCUUCGCUUAUGUGUGCCACUACUUCCGCCUCUCCUUUGCAGCACACUCGACCAAUGACCCAGAGAAGGCCGCCGCCGCCGCCGCCGCCGCGGUGGCCGCACAAGGUGGCGCUCCAGGAAUCCCUGGUGCCACAGAACUCCAAGGCGGUAUGCCACCGCAGAACUUCGCCGCGCAGCAGUCGCAGCCGCUCCUGCACCAGCAAGGUGGUGGUGGUCAGCAGUGGGUUCAACAGCCGGCAUAUCCGCAACAACCCGUCGGCCAGCCCCAGUACCAGCAAGGCCAAGUGUACGACCCGUACGCACCGCAGAACACAGCUUACGCUGGCGCUGCUGCCGUGUACCCCCAGCAGGCUGGCACGCCAGCUCCCGGACAACCGUAUAGCCCUCAGGCUACUCCGGCUCCGGGACAGCCGUACCAAGCUCCCUAUCAAAUGCCUGCGCAGUGA